AAAAGGAUAUCAACAAACAUUUAACAAAAUCACAACAUUUUCGUGUGCGUGUUUUAAAAAUAACCAGCUUUUAACAUGUACAGCUGAGCAAAACGGUCGAAAUUAUUCCAAAACACCGGAACUGAUCAAAUUACAACGAUGGAAAGGAAGUGAAACAGUGCAAACCAAAAAAAGGCAACACACUCACCCGCAGCCCGCAUCCUCCAAGCAAACAGAUGAAAAUUCCACGGUUCUGCUGCAUCGCUUCGGUCCGGAAAUAAACUCACCCAACGCCAACAUCUGUCGUCGACCCACACAGACGAGAGCGCGGCCGGGAGUCUGGAGACGCAACGGGCACGAUCUUUGCCACGAAAUAGAGCAGCACACACAUCAGCAAAGCGGCACAGCGUAAACGCGUCGCGUUGAUGCACAGCACUGCUCGCUGCCUCGUACUGACUGGCGGCACACACGUUCCAUUACCACGCCAACUGUGAUCGUGAACGGUUCUCACCCAGCGUGUCGUGUUCGGUGCUCGCAGUUUCCCUUGCACACAUGUGUUUUAUCCAUUGAAAAGGUCGUGUUGAGUUUAGGUAAAAGUGGUGGAAACGCAGGGGCAAAUAUCCAUCUCGGUGCCGUGGACAGCAGGAUGGCACGCGCAUGGACCAACUGCUGGUGGACCGUCCUAGUAAUCCUUUCGCUGGACGGGCUAGCUUCCUACGCUGCAGAUGAUGCAUCCACGAAAGAGCCGCUCAUCUUCACCGUGGCCAGCAAUGCAACGGAGGGCUAUGUGCGGUAUCUGCGAUCGGCGAAACAUUACGACCUCACCGUGACGACACUCGGCAUGGGCAAACCCUGGCUCGGCGGCAACAUGAAGUCCGUCGGCGGUGGCUACAAGAUCAAUCUGCUGCGGGAAGCCCUUAAGCCGUACCGUGCAGACAAAGAUCGGCUCGUACUGUUCACGGACAGUUACGAUGUGCUGUUCCUUGCUCCGUGGGCAAAGAUCCAGGAGAAGUUUGCCUCAUUUGAAGCUUCCAUCGUGUUCGGGGCGGAAGGUUUCUGCUGGCCGGAUGAAUCACUCAAAAGUGCCUACCCACCGCUGGAGGGGCGCGGGAUGCGGUAUCUCAAUUCCGGUCUCUUUAUGGGCUACGCCGACAAGCUGUACAAGCUGCUAAAGACACCGGUCAAGGAUGCGGAAGACGACCAGCUGUACUACACGAAAGCGUACCUAGACGAGGAGCUGCGCCAGGAGCUGAACAUCAAGCUCGACCAUAUGGCCACGCUGUUCCAGAAUCUGAACGGUGUCGAGGAGCAGGUGGUGCUGUCGCUGGAACCGAGCGAGAAGGAAGCGACGCUGGCCAACUCCGAGUACAACACGAAACCGGCCAUCGUGCAUGGGAACGGGCCAAGCAAGCUGACGCUGAACAGCUACGCCAACUAUCUGGCCGGUGCGUUCGUUGAUGGGGAGUGUCAAACGGUGAAGGAAGGGCGGCUUACGCUCUCCGGUGGUGAGCUGCCGCUCGUAACGAUGGCCCUGUUCGUGGAGAAACCGACGCCCUUCUUGGAGGAGUGGUUCGGUACGAUCGCGAAGCUUAACUAUCCCGCCGAUCGGUUGGAUGUGCUGGUACACUCGAACGUGGCGUACCACGCCGGCACGGUGAAGGCCUUCCUGGACGCGCAGGAGGGACGCUACCGCUCGCUGAAGGUGAUUGAGCACGAUGGAGACUUUACCGAGACGGCGGCACGCAACUUUGCCACCAAGCACUGCGAGCUGCGCGGCUGCGACUAUCUGUUCGUGGUCGACUCCGAGGGCCAUCUGGACGACCCGAACGUCCUCCGGGCGCUGAUCGAAGCGAAUCGAAAUGUGAUCGCACCGGUGCUAACCCGCCCGGAGAAGGUGUGGAGCAACUUCUGGGGGGCGCUCAGCGGGCAGGGUUUCUAUGCGCGCUCGAACGACUACAUGGACAUUGUGGGGCGCAAGCUGCUGGGGCUGUGGAACGUGCCGUUCGUGUCGAUCGUGUAUCUGGUGAAGCGGGCCGUGCUGCCCGAGGUUAGCUACGAGCUGCAGGAAACGGACCCGGACAUGGCGCUGUGCUGGCACUUCCGCUCCAAGGGCAUCUUUAUGCACGUGAUCAACGUGGAGCAGUACGGGCAUCUGAUCGACACGGAGUACUUCGACAUGACGCGCACGCAUCCCGAUUUCUACCAGCUGUUUAACAAUCGGCACGAUUGGGAGCAGCGCUACCUGGCGCCCGGGUACAAGCAGCAGCUGGAGGCUGACUUUGUCCCGCAACAGCCCUGCCCGGACGUGUACUGGUUCGCGAUCGGGUCAGAUCGGUUCUGUGACGAUCUGCGCGAAAUCGUAGAAGCGUUCGGCGAGUGGUCGGACGGUUCACACAGCGACAAACGGCUACAGGGCGGGUACGAGGCUGUCCCAACGCGCGACAUCCACAUGAACCAGGUGGGAUUGGAGCAGCUGUGGUUGAAGUUUUUGCAGCUGUAUGUACGUCCAUUGCAGGAGAAGGUGUUUAUCGGCUACUUCCACGAUCCACCACGAUCGCUGAUGAACUUUGUCGUACGCUAUCGGCCGGAUGAGCAGCCCUCGUUGCGGCCGCAUCACGACUCCUCGACGUACACGAUCAACAUUGCUCUCAACACGGCCGGCGUCGAUUACGAGGGCGGUGGUUGCCGGUUCCUGCGCUACAACUGCUCCGUUACCGACACGCGCAAGGGCUGGAUGUUGCUGCAUCCCGGCCGGCUGACCCACUUCCACGAAGGGCUGCUGACGACGAAGGGCACGCGCUACAUCAUGAUUUCGUUCGUCGAUCCGUAAAAAAGAAUCUCAUUGGAGGGGGGGGGGGGGGGGUAGAAUUAACACCCACACGCGACGACUGCCUUUGCUCUCCACAUUCGACAUCCGAAUGUAAUGCGCGCCAUAGAAGAAAGCCCGCGGAAACCCUUUUACAAUUAUAAUCCAUUACUUUGCUUAGCGCAUGGAGAAACGCAACAAUAUCGAUUGCGCAUUGCAACGUGUAGCCGUAAGGUCCGUGUUCAUACUCUAGUUCUUUUACUCUUUCUAGGCAGGGGUGGAUCAUCAGCAGUGCCAUUAGCGUUUAUCGUGCAUCUUGUGCCGUGUAUGUGCGUUGUAGCUUCACAUACAGAUCGAGGUAGAUUUUAAUAAUAAAAAAAAAAAACAGAAAACCAACUAUAACUAACGAA